GUCCGCAACGACCACGACCAUGAUCGCAGUAUUUACCGUUCCACUAGCUUGUGGGCGCUGCUGGCGAAAUCUUUAGUGGAACGGAUUGUGUGUAAGUCUUGAGAGAUCGCUUGAGGCGGACUUAACCAAGUGUUGUAUAAUCUUUUUUGAAAAGCGUUGCCGUCUUCGAUUGUGCCUAGUAAGUUUUACCUCAUCAACGAGGACCGGGCCAUUUAUAUUAGAAAAAAAGAAGAAGAACAUUGUGUGAAUGAUAAUGGACGCCCAUGUGAUUGGCAUAUUGCGCCGAAGAAAUUAUAUAUCUGAGAGCUCAUCGAGUUCCGAUGAAGAUUGGGAAGUAGAUUUGAGGAAAAAAAGAAUUCAGAAACGUGUGCGCAUUAUAAAUUAUAUUGACGUUGUUGACCGUUAUACGGAUUAUGAUUUUAAAAGCCAUUUCAGAAUGUCAAAAGUUACAUUUCAAUACCUCCUUCAAAUUAUUCAUCAGGAUUUAAUUAGGAAAGUAAAAGGCUGUCCUACAAUACCUGCACGCCAACAGUUAAUGAUUGCCCUUUGGAAGAUGGCUACGAUGGAUUCAUAUAGAUCGAUUUGUGAUCGAUUUGAUGUAGGCAGAGCAACUGCUCUGAGGGCUGUACGAAGAGUCACUCAUGCUGUGUUUAAAAGGUCGGCAAGAUUUAUUCAAUGGCCUAGUGGUAAUCGUGCUAUCACUGUGAUGAAAGGAUUUGAAGAAGCUAGUGGAUUUCCAAGAGUUAUUGGGGCCAUCUUGAAAGAAUAA